AUGUCCACCUUCUUCCAAAAGCAGCAGCAGGUGGCUGCGCUCGACCCGCGCCUAGGCGGCCUCAUGGCCAGUGCGGGUCUGUACAACCUAAAAGCACUCAUCAAGGCAAUUCGAUCGUGCAAGACGCUGGCCGACGAGCGUUCGCUGAUUCAGAAAGAGUCAGCCUCGAUCCGAACAGCUUUCAAAGAUGAAGACCCUUUCGCACGUCACAACAACAUUGCCAAGCUUCUCUACAUCCACAUGCUGGGCUACCCCGCACAUUUCGGUCAGAUCGAGUGUCUCAAGCUUGUCGCUACACCGCGGUUCACAGACAAGCGUCUCGGCUACCUAGGAAUCAUGCUGCUGCUCGACGAAAACACCGAAGUCUUGACGCUCGUCACCAACGGCCUCAAGAAUGAUAUGGAGCACUCCAAUAUGUACGUCUGCGGCUUGGCGCUCUGUACCUUUGCGAACAUUGCCUCCGAGGAAAUGUCGAGAGAUCUUUGUAACGAAAUCGAAAAGCUCAUGGGCAGCAGCAACACGUAUAUUCGUCGAAAGGCCGCGAUCUGCGCAAUGCGAAUCGUCCGCAAGGUGCCUGAUCUCAUCGAUCACUUCGUCGACCGCACCCAGCAGCUGCUUUCGGACAAGAACCACGGUGUCUUGCUCUGCGCUGUGACGUUGGCCAUCGAGAUCUGCCGUCAGGAUGAUGAAGCGCUGACAGUGUACAGACGCGCUGUACCAUUGCUCGUUCAGCACCUAAAGUCUCUCGUUACCACCGGCUAUUCGCCCGAGCAUGACGUGUCCGGCAUCACGGACCCUUUCCUCCAAGUCAAAAUCCUGCGUCUGCUCCGCAUCCUCGGAAAGGAGAAUGCUCAGGCAUCCGAGACGAUGAACGACAUUCUGGCUCAAGUAGCAACCAACACCGAAGCGAGCAAGAACGUUGGCAACAGUAUCUUGUACGAGACGGUGCUCACCAUCCUCGAGAUUGAUGCAGACAACGGCCUGCGCGUCAUGGCCAUCAACAUUCUGGGUAAAUUUCUGAGCAACCGAGACAACAACAUCCGCUAUGUGGCGCUCAACACGCUCAGCAAAGUGGUGUCGAUGGAUACGAAUGCUGUUCAGCGCCAUCGCAACAUCAUUCUCGACUGCCUGCGUGACGGUGAUAUUUCGAUCCGACGCAGGGCGCUCGAACUGAGCUAUGCGCUGAUCAACGAGAGCAACGUGCGCGUGCUUACGCGCGAGUUGCUCUCGUUCCUCGAGGUGGCAGACAACGAGUUCAAGCUGGGCAUGACUACGCAGAUCUGUCUUGCUGCCGAGAAGUUUGCGCCUAACAAACGGUGGCACAUCGACACGGUGCUGCGUGUGCUCAAGCUGGCCGGCAACUACGUGCGUGAGGAGAUCCUUUCUGCGUUCAUCCGCCUCGUGUGCCACACGCCUGAGCUGCAAGCGUACACGGUGCAAAAGCUUUUCUCUGGAUUGCACCAGGACUUUUCGCAGGAGAGCCUCACGCUGGCUGCUGUGUGGGUGAUUGGCGAGUUUGGCGAUGUUCUCAUCCAGGGAGGCAAUUUUGAAGACGAAGAGCUGGUGCGCGAGGUUCAGCCUAAGGACGUUGUCGACCUGCUCUCAUCGGUGCUCGACAGCCCGUAUGUCAACGGAUUGAUCCGUCAAUUUGUGCUCACCUCGCUGGCCAAGCUACACACUAGGCUGUCGGAUGCAUCGCAGCAGUCGCGCAUCGAGCAGAUCAUCGCUAGCUUUGAGACCAGUGUCGAGGUCGAGAUUCAACAGCGAAGUGUCGAGUUUGCAACUUUGCUCAAGAGGAGCGAUAUCCGCCAAGGCGUGUUGGAAAGUAUGCCUCCACCGGAGAUCAAACAGACGGUGUUGGGCACGGUGAGUGAGGCGAAGCCGGUGGGAUCGACGCGGUCGGAUAAGGAUGCGCUGCUGGAUCUGAUGGGUGAUGAGAUGCCAGUUACGAGCGGCGGUGGUACGGGUGCGGACAAUGCGCCGAGUGGUGCGACGCAGCAGAGCACACACGAUCUGUUGGCGGAUAUCUUUGGCGGUGGCGAUAUGGGUGGUAUGCCUUCUGCAGCGCCAGCGGCAAGUGCGUCGGCAGCGCAGAAGCCCAAGAGCUCGGUCAACGAUAUUCUCGGACUGUUUGGUGAUGGUGCAAGUGCGCCUGCUGCCGCAGCGCAGCAAGCACCCACUCCAGCACCGGCUGCUACAUCGUCCUACGGCGGGCUUGAUCUGCUUGGCGGCCUUGGAGCAAGUUCGUCCGCAUCCACCCCUGCUGCCACUCCCGCUUCGACUGUUGCCAAAUCGCACACAGUCUACACCAAGCACGGUCUCACCAUCACACUCACUCCCACAACCAACCCGGCGCGUCCCGAAAUCGUCCACAUCACCGCGCGCUUCACCUCGGCCACCUCGGCCAUCUCCAACAUCAACUUCCAGGCCGCCGUUCCCAAAACGCACAAAUUACAGAUGCAAGCCAUCUCCAACUCAACCGUCCAUCCAGACUCCACCGAAACCCAGCCUCUCAGAGUCAUGGUCCCCCCUGGUGCCGCCGUAAGGCUCAGGUUGAGAAUCGCCUUCCAGGUCGACGGUCACAGUGUGCAGGACCAGACCGAUUGGGCCCAGCCUUCCGCUUAG